CUCCGCGCCCAUCGAGGUGUCGGCGCAUCGGCUGGCUCGGCCUGGGUGCGCGCGGCGAAGGCGGGUGGGCGCCGCCAUUUUGCAGGAAGAGGGUGUCCGGGCCUGUGGGCGCGGGGAGAGCAGCGUCUGCCAUGGCCAAUGUGCUCUGUAACAGAGCAAGAUUGGUCACCUACCUGCCAGGCUUUUAUUCCUUGCUCAGAAGAGUUGGGAAUGCCAAGGCUUUUUCCACUGCAGGAUCCUCUGGCUCAGAUGAGCCCCACGUGGCUGCUGCACCUCCUGAUUUAUGCCCCAGGACGGUGUGGCCGGACGAGCUGAUGGGGCCCUUUGGCCCCCAGGACCAGCGGUUCCAGCUGCCAGGGAACAUGGGCUUCGGGUGCCACCUGCACGGCACGGGCAGCCAGCGAGCCCCGCCCGGCCCCAGCCUGCCCGACCUGCUGGCCGAGCCCUCGGCCAGCGACAGGCACGAGUUCGUCGUGGCCCAGUACAUCCACGAGUUCCAGGGUUCUGAUGCUCCCCAGAAGCAGCAGAUCAACAAUGCUGAGACCUACUUUGAGAAUGCCAAGGUGGAAUGUGCAGUGCAAGCCUGUCCUGAGCUGCUGAGAAAAGAUUUCCAGGCGCUGUUCCCUGAGGUGAGCCCCAAGCGCCUGACUGUGCUCACGGUCACCCAGAAGAGCAACCACGACAUGACUGUGUGGAGCCAGGAGGUGGAGGAGGAGAGGGAGCUGCUCCUGGAGAACUUCAUCAAUGGUGCCAAGGAAAUCUGCUAUGCAAUUUCUUCUGAGGGCUACUGGGCUGAUUUCAUUGAUCCAUCCUCAGGACUGGCAUUUUUCGGGCCUUACACCAACACCCCCCUGCUGGAGACGGACGAGCGCUACCGGCACUUGGGGUUUGCCGUGGAUGACCUGGGCUGCUGCAAGGUCAUCAGGCACAACCUGUGGGGCACCCACGUGGUGGUGGGCACCAUCUUCACCAACGCCGAGCCCGACAGCCCCAUCAUGAGGAAACUCAGUGGCAACUGAGCCUGCAGCUCCCCCGGGCACCUCGGAGUUCUGCUCCCUCGGCGUGCUCAGGAUUCCUCAUGUCCAGGUGUUCUUAGAGAAUAAAAGUAGCUGUUAUUUAUUUCUGGUCUUUUGGGAAUGUGUGUUCACCACGUGUGGCUUGGCAGCAGUGAGAAGCAGAGGAAUGAUCAUUUCCUUUCUCAGUUUUCCAGUUUUUCUCUUACCUCGGCAAUUCUUUCACUGGUCAGUUUAGUAGUCAGAAUUCUCUGAGAAUGCCACUGAAAUUCCCAACAAAUCUGCCAUUCCUGAAAUUAGGAACUGGCAAAAAAAAAAAAGAAUGAGUCAUGAAAUUGUUCUUCCAGAAUACAGAACUUAAUAAAAUCUGGGCCAAUCACUCAUCUGCUGUUGGAAAAUGAGAAUGAGGUCAACUUCCAGUGGUCUCCAGCUCAUCCAGAGACUCCACAAAAAGUCCUUAAUUACCCUGGAAUUACUCAUCUCUUACUGGUUUUUGUCUUCAUGGUGCUUGGGAUUUAUUUUCUCAGUGUUAGCUAAAUAUAUUUAAUUAGUUUAUAUACUUAUAUGUAAUUUUAAGUUGCUUUUGUAACUUUCUUAGGUCAUUAAAUACAGAAAAAAAAAAGAGAUAAUGGGGCAAGGCUUGGAUCUCAUCAUUGUUUUCCUGUGCUUGGAUGCAAUCUAGACUUGCCUCUGGAAUUUGGAAAUGCAAAGAGCAAUUAGGAUCAAUUAUGGCAAUUAGAAAGAUGUUUCAACAGGAAGGUUCCAGGCUCCUCAGGUCUCACCAACAAUCAGAUUGAUGGGGCAGGAAUUCCAAGGCUCCUGAAACACCUGGAAUUUCAGUGCCUUGCAGUUUGGCUCUGGGGCUGAAGCAAUACAGCACAUUUGGAUCUCAUCCCAGGCAGUCUGGGGCCGUUUUUCAUGGAGCAAUGGGAAUCCUGCAGGCUUUAUUCCCCAGGAAUGUGCAGCAGUUCACUCUGAGUGAGGAUCCAGGAAUUUUAACUUGAUCUUUGGUGUUAUCCCCAGACAGUUUUGGAGGCAUUUUUCAUGGAAAAAUGGGAAUCCUGCAGGCUUUAUUCCACAGGAAUGUGCAGCAGCUCAGUCUGGGUGAGGAUCCAGGGAUUUUAACUUGAUCUUUGCUGUUCUCCCAGAGAGUUUUGGAGCCAUUUUUCAUGGAGCAAUGGGAAUCCUGCAGGCUUUAUUCCAUGGGAAUGUGCAGCAGCUCAGUCUGGGUGAGGAUCCAGGGAUUUUGACUUGAUCUUUGGUGUUUUUCCAGUGUUACCCAACCCCAUGGAUUCCAGAGCUGUCGCAGGCUCUAAGCCAGGCCCACCAAAGCUGUUGUGGCUUUAGGAGCAGCUCCCUGCCCAAGUGCCUCUCUCUGUCCUGUCCCCACUGCACAUCCUUGGCCUGGCUGCAUCACAGAGCUGGGAGCCAGGAGCACUUCCCAAAGUUUCCAUUCCCAAAUUCUCCCUCUCCCCUGCAGUGCUGGCUCUGGAUUUCGGGGCAGGAAUUUGUGCUGUGGUUGCAGAGCCCAUCCCUGACCUCUGCUCUCCAUAAAAUCUCUGUUUUGUGGAUUUUAUUCCUGGUUUUUUUCCCUCCUCCUCACCAAUAAGAUUAAAGAAUUUGAGAACUGCA